AUGCGACCUAAAAAAUUGAAUAAUUCCAUUGAUGAAACUGAUCGAGAACUAAUACAAGCAUUAGAACUUGACGGUAAAAAUAUUGAAAAUUUGAUUAAAGAAAAUGUUGAAAAACUUGAUCGAAUGCUUGAUGAUGAUGAUUUAUUUAAUCAAACAAAUUUGAAAGCAAUUCAAUCUCUUGCACGUGAAAGUGUAGUGAAUGUGCCAACUUUAAUUGGUAAUAAACUCAAUGAUGAUAAGUCUUCGCUAGAAUCUCAUUUAGUCAUUAAGUCUAAUGAACGAUUAGAAAUACUUGUUGAACGUGUUAGACAUGAAGUAUUUUUUUUUAUUGAAAACGCUGAAAAAAUUCGUGUUUUAAUUGAUCUUAAUGUUAUGCACAAUAAUGAAAUCGAUUAUGAAACACAAUGUUUAUGGAAAAGUCAACUUAUUCAAAUGCAAGGACAAAUAUCCUCGAAUCAUAUGGAUAUUUUAAAUUAUUAUCAAAAUCGAAGUGACAUUGGCAUCAGUAUACUAAACCAACCACGUGCCAGUGAUUGCUGGGAACAAUUAAUUGAGAUUGAUGAAGACUUUUUCUUUAAAUUGAGAAUAAUUCUUCAUAAUUUAAGAUUAUUCAACGUUCGAUUGUAUGAUAUUGUCUAUCGUUGGAUUUAUUUUCCUAAUAAAUUGAUGUAA